CAUCAUCGUGGUGCAAAGAUGAAAUUAAAAUUAUAUUUUUAUACUUUUUGGGGACGGACAUAAGACACAAGUGCCAUAUCUUCCUGGAACCCAAACAUGGAUGUACAAGCAGCUCGACUUCUGGUAUUUGUGAAUCCCGGGAAGUUCCCUUUUAUUUUUUUUCAUGGUACCAACAAAUGUUAGUCUGUGUUCUUUGAGUAGUUUCUUGACCAGACGGAUGCUGGGAAAUCAAUUAUCACAAGUCAAAUUUCUAUUUAUCCCAGAAACAGGUUCAAUGAGGCGUAAAACAAUGCUAGUAGGAUCGUUCUUUGUUUUGAAAGCUCCAUCGGGCUGUGUACCUACAUAUACCUCUAAAUUGGCACAAUAUGACGUGGAAGCAUCGACAAGAGCAAAGACCUUAACUCCAUAUUUGUUUGGCAUACUGGGGAUGUACUGCUUGAAUCCACAACGCCCACGGAAUACUUCAAGCUUUUCAUCUAUGGUUGCAUUGGCUUCUAUGCAGUAAGCAUUUUUGCAGUGCUGGAUAAAUUUGUCAAAAGUUGAUCUUAUUGGUACCAACUUAUCAAAUUCCUUUCUUUCAUCUCUAGUAGAAAGGUCGUCGAAUCGCAGACAGUUAACGGGGAAUCGCUACUUUUGUGAGUCCCAGCAAGUGCUUUCUCCAUCUUUUCUCAUUAUCCUUACCAAGAAAAUGAUGAACUCCUGGAAUGUCUGCAGUUUGAAGAGAAAUGACCUCAUCAUUAUAUUCUUGCUCUGACUUGCUAUCGGUGUCUCUUGUUACAGUGACGUCCUCAUCCCCAGCCAGUUCUAAGUCGUCAUCAUCUGGAUCUUAUUCAAGUUGUACCUCAUCCCAUAGGGCGUGCAAUCUUUUUCGCUCUGCUUCCCAACUCAUUUCUGAAAGUAAUAAAAAUAACGUGGAGAGCAUGAAUUAUACAGAAAUAAAAUAAUCUACUCAAGAUGUGAUUGGUGUGCUUAUGUAAAACUACACUUUUAUGACAAAAUUAACAUUAUACUAGAUAUUCUCUCAUGCAAAGUAUUAACCGAGCAACAGAACAAUAAAUAAUCCUUCAUUUACUUACCAAAAUACAAACACUCAAAUUUCAACAAAGCACAAAAACAGUUACGCGGGUAGUGGCGCCAAGUCUCACAGACUUUUUACAAAAUAACUGCAUCAAUAUUUAACCUACACCUGUCUUGCUUGCCAUGCUAACACUGGAGGCCUGUGUAGGAAGGUACUUAACUGGACGAGACGAUUAUUGCCGACACAUGCCGAGUAAUGGUAGAGUGUCUGGGUCUGUCAGACUAGGCGCCCCUUUCGGAAGGUUAAGUGUCUCUAGACAUGCCUUCUCACUCAACCACCUGUUGUCACAGAAGUUUUACGUAUCAAUCAAUCACUAACUUUAACUCACUUCCGGUAUUGUUCCUCCAGAAUGAAACGUUCAGUACCGAUCCAGCUCUAUACAUUGUAUGUAGACUGAUACAAGAUGC